CCCCCCUCCUUCCCUCCCUCUGCAAUCCCCUCGCGCUGUGCAGGGAGCGCAGCGCGCGCCGCCGCUCGUCGGCCCGGACAGGGGCGGGGAGGAGGAGGAGGAGGCGGCGCGCGCCGCCGGGCGGCCUGAGAGCGCGCGCCCCCUGCGGGCGCCAGCGGGGCGGCGCAGCCCCAUGGAGCGGGUGAGCGAGGCCGCCGCCUGCGGCCCCUCGUCGGGCUGCUACACGUACCAGGUGAGCCGGCACAGCGCCGACAUGCUGCACAGCCUCAACCAGCAGCGCAAGAACGGCGGCCGCUUCUGCGACGUGCUCCUGCGCGUGGGCGACGAGAGCUUCCCGGCGCACCGGGCGGUGCUGGCCGCCUGCAGCGAGUACUUCGAGUCGGUGUUCAGCGCGCAGCUGGGCGACGGGGCAGGAGGCGGCGGCGGCGGCGCGGAGGGGGGCGCGACGGAGGCGGCGGCGGCAGCAGCAGCAGCAGCGGCCGGCGGGGCCGCGGCGGCGGCCGGCGGGGCCCCCGGGGGCGGGCGGGAGCUGGAGAUGCACACCAUCAGCUCCAAGGUGUUCGGAGACAUCCUGGACUUCGCCUACACGUCGCGCAUCGUGGUGCGGCUGGAGAGCUUCCCGGAGCUCAUGACGGCCGCCAAGUUCCUGCUGAUGCGCUCCGUGAUUGACAUCUGCCAGGAGGUCAUCAAGCAGUCCAAUGUGCAGAUCCUCGUGCCCCCCGCACGCCCCGACAUUAUGCUCUUCCGUCCGGGGGCUGCUGACCUCGGCUUCCCUCUUGACAUGACCAACGGUGCCGCUUUGGCACCCAAUGGCAACGGCAUCGCUGGCAUGCCCGAAGACGAGGCCACGCGGGCUGCGCUCACUGCUGCGCAGUCCUCCCUACCUGUUCUGCAGGGGGUGGACCGCCUGCCCAUGGUGGCAGGACCUCUGUCCCCACCGCUGCUGGCCUCGCCUUUCCAGAAUGUUGCUGCUAGUGCCCCCACUUUAAGCACCAAGAGGGGCAGAGGGCGUCCCCGUAAGGCCAAUCUCUUGGACUCCAUGAUGUUUGGUACCCCAGGGGGCCUGCGAGAGGCUGGUAUCCUGCCUUGUGGCCUCUGUGGGAAAGUAUUUACGGAUGCUAAUCGUCUUCGUCAGCACGAGGCUCAACAUGGGGUGACAAGCUUACAGCUGGGCUACAUAGACAUCCCACCCCCGAGACUGGGUGAAAACGGUGUCCCGGGUCAGGAUGACCCUGACGCCCCCCGAAAAAGAAGCAGGACGAGGAAACAGGUGGCCUGUGAGAUCUGUGGCAAGAUUUUUCGGGACGUGUACCACCUGAAUCGGCACAAGCUGUCGCACUCUGGCGAGAAGCCUUACUCUUGUCCGGUGUGUGGCUUACGGUUCAAGCGGAAAGACAGGAUGUCCUAUCAUGUUCGAUCUCACGAUGGCUCUGUGGGAAAGCCCUACAUCUGCCAGAGCUGUGGAAAAGGCUUCUCCAGGCCAGACCACUUGAAUGGACACAUCAAACAGGUGCAUACCUCAGAGAGACCUCACAAGUGUCAGCAGGAAAAUGGCAGCCACCAUGGAAUAAGCUCAGAGACAUCCACAUCCAUAGAAAAGUUGAAACUUCAAGAGACUUGUAAUGCUUCCUUUGCCACUCGUGACCGACUGCGCUCACACCUAGCAUGUCAUGAAGACAAAGUUCCAUGCCAGGUGUGUGGGAAGUAUUUGCGAGCAGCAUAUAUGGCAGAUCAUUUGAAGAAACAUAGUGAAGGACCAAGCAAUUUCUGCACUAUCUGUAACCGAGGUUUCUCCUCUGCCUCCUACUUAAAGGUCCAUGUUAAAACCCACCACGGUGUUCCCCUUCCCCAGGUCUCCAGGCACCAGGAGUCCAUCCCGAAUGGGGGAGCAGCGUUCCACUGCGUCAGGACCUAUGGCAUCAAAGAAGGCCAGAAAUGUUCACAUUCGGACCCGAUUGAGAGUUCUGAUUCAUACGGAGACCUCUCUGACACCAGUGACCUCAAGACUCCUGAGAAACAGAGCACCAAUGGGUCCUUCUCGUGUGACAUGGCAGUCAGCAAAAACAAAAUGGAGACGGAAGGAGAGAAGAAGUACCCUUGCCCUGAAUGUGGCAGCUUUUUCAGAUCAAAGUCUUAUCUGAACAAACACAUACAGAAAGUUCACGUCAGGGCCCUUGGUGGCCCAUUGGGGGACCUUGGUCCUGCUCUAGGAUCCCCCUUUUCACCCCAACAGAACAUGUCUCUCCUGGAGUCAUUUGGGUUUCAGAUCGUCCAGUCAGCAUUUGCAUCAUCCCUAGUGGAUCCAGAGGUCGACCAGCAACCAAUGGGGCCAGAGGGGAAAUGAGAUCAGUUUGAUCUUAACAAAGCAAAGCAGCAGUCUGGCUAUAAUGAUAAGAUGCUGUGAAUGAAAGAGGAAAUAAUGAAAUUUGGUUCUAUAGCUGAGAAUUUUUUAUUCAUUUUAGCUUCCCUCUUUGUCUCAUGCCCUACCCCACCUUUAAACCUUCACUGGGGAGAGGGAGAAAAUGCUUCUUAGCUGAUAAAUUACAGAAGAUGGUGACCUUGAAUAGGAGACAUGACCUAAAACACCAAAUGGAGCUUUAGAGGCUGCUGCUGGUGUUUCGUUAUGAUCUUAUAAAAUAAACAAAAGUUGCCAGCACCGAUCUGAGAAUUAGACAGUCGUAGUGACCGAGGCACCUGGGGAGCUACAGCUACAGGGAGCUAUGCUUUUGUUCUCUCUCUAUUCCCCACCUUCCCUAACCUGCCCCAGAAAAACAGUAAGUUUUAAAACCAGACCCAUUAUUGACCCAUUAUUGAAUAUAACAUUAAGUAAAAUGCCCCGUGGUACCUAGCAGGUUACAAUGCAGUUGUCCUUUUAAAAACAGAAAAAUUUAAAGAAGGUGAGAGAAUUUGAACCCCUUCUGCCAUUUGUGAGGCUGUGAGUGCUGCAGCAGGACUGAACUGCUGAGAAAAAUCACCAUUCAGAACAGGUUGUUUUUGUUACUUUUAACCAUUGAACUUGCUGUCAGGUUUUUAAUUCUUUAUUAUUAUUAUUAUUUUAGGACCUGUUGUAGUGAAUUGCUACUGAAAAGCCAGUCUAAGGCGAUACACAGAGCACUCUUAAAGCAGCAGUCACAUUAGGGUUAGUAUUAAUUUUUCUUUUUUUAGAUGUACCAUAAUUAAUAACUUGGCUAGUUGAUUGUUUUAAGUCUAUGAAAGAAAUAGUUUUAUGAAAAAAAAAAAAAGAAAAAAAAAAAGGAAGGAAAAAAUACCAUUGCAGUCUGGUUGACUGGUGCUCAUUUUUCAUGUGGGGACCUAGGGUAUAAACACGAUCAGCUAUCGGGUUAACACUAUGUACCACUGACUUGUUUAGUGUGAAUAAACCCAGGGGUUCACAGAGUGAUUUUGAUUUAAUUGGAUUGGACUCUAUUAAAGAAGUUAGUAUGUUACUUUGCAUCCCCUCGUUUUGUCUGGUUUUUGAGCAAUUUAGCCACCUGUCCAAAAGGUGUGCAAAUGAGAACCAGUAAAUAAGACAUUAAUCCCACUUUACACUGUACUGUAUUCUUAGUGAGCUGGGCUUUUUGGCUACAGUCAUGCUCUCCUGAUCUGCCUCUGGUCAGGUUUGCAAAAGCCAGUCUUACUCCUUUCUUUUGUAAAGAAGAAGGGUUUCUACUAUAAGAGAUGGGAAUUGCAAACAUCGUAUCUCUGAAAAAGAAUUGAUUACAAAAUGCAGAGAAGCUGGGCUCUAGGCUGUUGGAGGUUCCAUUUUAAUCUGAAAAUACUACUUUAUUCCUUUCUUGACCCUCCCUUCUCUCCCAUGUAACUUGUCAAGGUCUUAUGUACCAAAUCCAGGUAUAAAUGUUGUUUAACACAGGGUUAGGAGUUAGGAAUACUCUGAGUUAUAAUUAUGGUUCUGCUGUUGAUGCUCAAGGUCACAUAGGACAGCUCCCUGAAUUUAUUCCUUAAUUUCCCAUCUGUGAAGAGUUUUCUCUACAUCACAGUUGCUGUGAGGGUUAAUGAGCAAAGGUUUACGCAGUGAUUUGGUAAACUAAGUCGCUACAUGUACUGAAUGUUUCUAGAAAGGCCACUCUGAAGAGCCCAAGUCCCACACCAAACUUGCAUUCUAUAAAACAAUAGCUGUUUCCAUCAUUAAUACAGUGCUGGAGCAGGAUAGAUCACCUCAGACCAGGACCGACAUCCUCUGCAGGAGAUGUGUCUGUAUUAAAUGUGAACGUAGCCACAAACUGCUGUUGCGCCACAACUUGUGUUGCCCUGGUGCUCCUAAUCCAAACCCUGCAGCUAAUGCAUAACUGAAAUAAGACACAUUCCUGUUUUGUUUUUAUGUUAGAAUUCUAGAGCCUUUUGUAAGCAUACGGAUUUUGGAAUGACAUUCUAAAUUCUACAGACUUAGAAGCCCCAGCUUCUCUUUUGUAAGAAGCUACUUUUUUGUACUUACUCUGGAGUAUUAUAAACCAAGGAUGAAUAAUCAAUGGCUUUCUCUUUAUAGCACCAGCACUUUCUAAAUUGAGAGCAUGUUGCAGUGGACUUGAUGUUUUGCUAUUAAUCUGUGUUGGGAGACUGAAGGACAUGUUCUUCUCCAUUCAUCUUCCCCCAGAAUCCCUGGAAUAGGUAUGAGUCUCAUUUAAAAGGGGAAAACAAACAAACAAACAAGCCCACCUUCAAACUAGAAGCUUCAUGGAAUUGCUAUUGCUGUACUGGUAAGCUUAGUUGACAAGUAGAAACAGGACAUUUUGGAAAGGUAACAAAACAUUUUAAAAUACCUUGCAAAUCUAGACCAUGCUGAAACAACCUUGUAAGCUGCCAAGCAAAUCAAGAUAGAGCAGGCUUUCCAGUCAGCAUAACAAUUCAUUGGGAUUAGCAAAUGCAACUGCAGUCACUCUGAUUUAUUAAUAGCUUGUAUUUAAACCACCAGGAAAAUUUCUGUUGAAUUGAGGCUGUAUUCUGAAAGAUAGAAGUUUGUGUCCCUGAUGUUCCUAUAUGCACUCGAAGAGGGUGCACUAGUCAUAAAAUUCAACUCCCAAAAGCCAAGUCCAGAAUAUAGGAUAUUUUCAUCCUACAUUUAGCUCCACUGACUUCAGUGUUACUAGUGGGUUGAAUUUUGGCCGUGUGUAUCAGAAUUUAAUUUUGAACACUACAGAAUUUGACCUGAUGAAACAAAUGAAAAGCCUUGAACUAAAAAGGAAGCCUUCUAAAACACUAACUGUGCAUUUUGCUUGUCAAAGAAAAUGCUUACUAAGUUGUCAUGAAUAUAUUGAAUGAAAGCUACUUACUUCUCAGUCUAGUGGACAGGGAAACAAAUUGGGCAGGAAGCUAACAAUCCUGAAAUGACAGUUCUAAAUCAUCCUAGUGUAAAUGGGAGAGAUUUGCACCAACACAAGACUGGUGCAGACUAGUGCCAGCAGUAGGUUGGGCAUAUCUUUAGCACUGGUGUGUUUUCAGAGUUUUUUGCUUCUUUGGGGGCAUAUUGUUCCGUUGUGGAUAGUAAUUUAAUGUAUGUGCAAAUUCUUUAUAUUCUGUACUUUGGGAAAUGUCUGCUUCUAUUAGAACAGAAGACAGAUCCAAACAGAAAACUCAGCCUUCUAAGUUCAGGGCUCAAAGGGAAGUACUUAACAUGCUCUGAGCUGCAACCUCACUUGUUUCUAUUACAUUUUUAAUUGGCAUAUCAGUGUAUAGAUGAUAGUUCUCAUUGUGGGCCAGCCCUCCUUUCCUUAUCAUCAUCUUUGGUGGGACUACAGUCCAAUGUUUGUGCACUUUUCUGCCAAGAAGGGAACUUCAGUUCAUACAAAUUUAGAUAAUCAGAGUUGUAGUAUUUCUUUGUAUUAUAGGAGCCCCUAAACCUCUCAACUGAGGCUCAGACCCUUGUGUAUUAGGUAUGAUGAAAACGUCUUCAACCAUUUAUAAUCUAAACAUUAAAAGAUAGACAAGAAAGGAAUAGAUGCUUAUAGGUGAAUGAGUGAAAUAAAGAUGAAGGACUAAAAACCACUUGCAUGCAUGCUUAAGUGUUGUGUUGAAUGUAGGGGCACAGAGUUAUCAGGCUUCUUUUGUUGCCUGAAUUUAUCUUUUUGUACUGUUAAUCCACAACAAAUGCAAGGUAAAGCAAUUUAAUGUGAAUUUAUUCCAUACUGAGUUAAACUAAGUGACAUUACCUUGCACUUGCAAUGUGUUAGAUGUGUGCAAACAGACUUACUAGUGUGGCUCACCUGAUGUAUGGUAAUGUGGUGCGUGUGAGCUCUCAAUCUUAAGUGAUUUGCCCAUGAUGACGUGGGAAAUUGAUAGCAGAACCAGAAAUUGAACACAGAUUUUUCCUUCUCUCAAUCCAGUGCCUUAACUGUAGUAGGGCAAAGUAUUAUAUGUCGGGGGGGGAUGAUUGUUUUGUUUGCUUUUUAAAGCCUAGGACUAUAAGAUGGUGUGGAGUUGGUCUUCCUACCAAUCUUUUGAAUAAUUGCAAAUGCCCAGUCACAAUUUUAGACCUGUUUGAGUGCCAGUGACUUAGGGAAUAUUUGUUAUUUCCCACGUAUUCCCUGAAAUUAUUGUUCCUCCCUCAACUGCUGUCAGCAGUAAGGAAUGACUUGAAUAGAAGAGCUGUGUAACUGAAUGUCUAUCUAACUCAACUAAUUGAAUUGAUAGUAUGAAAGCUAACCUAGAUUUUGUAGGCUCUGUUGUAACUUUAGUGUCUUGUUUUUUCACUAAAUCUUUGUUCCUAGAAAUCAAUAUCUGAACUUAUGUCUUGAAUCUGGAGUGGGGUACCACUUUCAGCUUUAAUUUUUUUUUAAGGUGCUUGCUUGAGGAAGUAGAUGCCAAAGUAAACUUCAAAGGAACUCCAGACUUCAGUGUUGGAAGAUUGAACGGAGAGCAAGAGCUCUCUUUGGGUUUCAUGAGAGAUAAAUGGACAAAGUAAAAAAACAACUACCAAAAUUUUACAUAAUGAAACAGGAAAGGCUUUUCUUUAUCACCCACAAAAAUAAUCAGAUAUUUUCAAUUGUUCAGCGUGGCAGAAACUCUGAGAGCAAGUGCCAAACAAAACCAUGGAAUGUGUUGGCUUUUUCAGCAUUAUGAAUAUACCUUAACAGCAUUAUGAAUAUUUUAAUGUAAAUUAAGCCAGCUUUGUACCAUUCACCUUUUGCCUGGGCACAGUACCUGAGUUUUAAUUGAAUAGAACAUUAGCUCACAGUGAAUCUCUGAGCUUAUGCUCUCAGUUCCACCCCAAGAGACAAAACAAAUGAGCAAAGAGGGAAAAAAGCCAAUAGGAAAACUUAAAAGGGAAAACAGAUUCUGGAAGAUUCCCAUGUCUCCUGAGAGAGUCCCAUUUUUAUAUCCUGAACAUCCUUUUCAAAACAAGAUCCUUCAGCUGUUGUGAAUGAGACUUUGGGAACAAAUUUGGCUUUCAGCCCAACCUGCUGCUCCCUGUCCCUGUAAGAAGGCUCUGUGUUUUGGAGUGCUGAGCCUGGGACCAGGAGGGAGGCAGUGCUCUCGGGCUGCAGCCUGAGACCACAUUUACUGUUGCAGAGUCAGCAGCAGCAACAUUGGUAUAAUGUCUUACUGCCUACUUCCGUGACACCUUCACCCUCCAUACAUUCCUAUGCCAGUAUGGUACCUACUCGGAUGUGUACAGCUCUGCAAAUAACUGUGUUGGCUAUAAAACAAACCAGAGAACUAUUUGGCUAAAAAGAAAAAAAACAAAAGUAGUUACGUGGCGUAACUGCAGAGUGGUGCAGAACAGGAGCAGGAACACUGGCUGUAAGGGCUUGUGGUGAUGGCUGGAAUGGUUAAAGCAUGUUAGUGAAAAACCACAGUUGUUUGCUCUGUGGUAGUGGAUAAUGACUGCUUGUUUGUAAAGAAUUAAUACCUUGUGUCAUCUCUAGUCUCUUCCUGUGUUUUGUUCCCAUCUAUAAAAUGAGAUGAUGAUAACCCUUGGGUAAGAAUGUUUCAAGAUUUGAUUGACGUGCCAAGUUGUGCUGCAGAAUUGUGCUGCUGAACUCUGCUACAAAUGUUUGGCCUCACUGACUUCAGGUGUAAUGCCAAGUUAAAGAAACAUUUGGCCACAUUUUUCCUGAAAGGUGAAAUAUUUAAAUUAAUUUAAAGACUGCAUGGCACUAUUGAUCUGCUCUCAGGGUUUAUGUGAAUGAAGCUUUUCCUGAGUGGCCUCUCUACUUGUACUGCAAUUUUGGAGACCUGGAAGUGCUCUGAUCUGAAAUGUGCUGAAGGAAGGAGGUAACUGGUGUCUCACUGAUGUGCCAGUGACUCCCUCCCAGUUCCUGGGUUCCAUGUGGACCAUGGGGUCACUUCAUACAGCCACUGGCAGCCAUAAAUGCUCUUGAGUUUCCUGCAGUCACAUAGUGAGCUUGGGUAAAUGCUUUUAUAAUAAAUCAGUCUCAUGCUUGCUAAUAGCUUUUUGGCUGCUGUGUCCACAAACUGGUGCCUUCUCCAGGCAAUUUUUACAUGCCCUCUGCAAAGUUGUCAGACUGACUGCUGGCUCUUAAAGAAUCAACCAAGCCUUGCUCUUGGGCUCAGAAUUUCUCUUCAGUACUGUUGUAAUCUGAAAGUUUGCUGCAAUUAGUGCAAAUACACAGUGUAAGAAAAUAAAAGGCUGUUCUCAGAUGUCCUGUAGAGUGAACAACUGAAACACAAGUGUGGGAUGAGCCAGGAAAAUUGGUAUUUUUCCCUGGCUGCACACCAUAUGGAAGAGACAGUGCCUUGGAAGGGAAGGAGCAGAAAAGUUUGCCAUUGGCUCUGAUGAAUCCCAAUCCUGCUUCUACUGAAGUUGUUGGGAAUCCUCCCAUUGUCUUCAGUGUGAGCAAGAAAGGAUCUUAGGUGAGGAUGGAUGACUCUUUCCCUACUUGAAUGAAGUCUCUUGCCUAUUUAUGGGCCUGCUUCUAUUGAAACCGAGCCUGUUUUAGCCUUUUUGGGUUCUUAGGGACCUGUUUGUAUAAAGCAACUUACCUACCUAUCUUUUUUUUUUUUUCUAUUGUGUGUAUUUUUUGUAUGUUCUGUUGGAAGGUGAAGCCUCUGUAGAAGGGGAUACAAAAACUGAUUUUUAAAUAGUAAUAAACCAAAAGAGAAUUAAACUCUG